AUGUCGACCCCUGCUAGAAAGAGGCUGAUGAGAGAUUUCAAGAGGCUGCAGCAAGAUCCACCUGCAGGAAUUAGCGGUGCCCCUCAUGACAAUAACAUCAUCUUGUGGAACGCUGUGAUUUUUGGACCUGAUGAUACUCCUUGGGACGGAGGGAAACAGGGUUGUGAAAGUGUAAACUAUUUACCCAUUAUAGAAGUGCUUCNUGCCCCUCAUGACAAUAACAUCAUCUUGUGGAACGCUGUGAUUUUUGGGUACGUAUAUGCUAUACCUGAUGAUACUCCUUGGGACGGAGGUUAG